CCUAAUUCUGUACAUUGCGCAUGUGCAUAACAUAACCCCCAGUUCCUUGUUGACAACAAAAACGGCGACAAGAUGGCGAAUAAACCGUCAACUUCUUCCGUGCUGCCUUUGAAAAGGAAAGCUACAUCAGAAAUGGAAAAGCCUGUUAAAAGCGUACGUGUGGAUGACAGUGACUCGGAUAGUGACCAGCCUAAAGAUGAAAUCGAAGCAGUUGCAAAGCCAGACAUUCAGAUUUUUCCAGGCUUUCUGCCGAACGACGUAACAUUGGUGGUCGAUGGAAAACGCCUUCAUGUAAAUAAAGAUUUACUCUCAUCAGCUUCACCUGUAUUUGAUGCUUGGCUCAAGAAAGAGUGGCAACAAGACGAAUGCAGUAAUGAUACAAAACAGGAGCUAACAUUCCCUGGGAAAACAUAUGAUGAGAUGGCCACAUUCCUAAAAUGUCUUCUGCCCAUUUUUGCUGACCAAGUUACAGUUGCAACACUGGAAACUGUACUCCCAUUAGCAGAUGAAUAUCAGACAGACAACUUGCUCAAAGAAUGUGAAGAAGUCAUCCGGAAGCACGUGGGCUCUGUCUCCGAGAGGGAUAUCUAUAUACCACCGUCACAGGUCGUCACAUACCUGCUCUGGAUCGAACAAUAUAACAUGCACACGGCUGAAAAAUGUGUUGUGAGAUUAGCUUCUUUCCUAAAAACUGAAGAGGUUGAGGCAGUUCCAAACUACAUAAAUGUCAGCAAAAGUCUUCAACUGGAUGUAUCUAAUGCGAGAGCCAAGCUGUUUGAGAGUCUAAUGGUGUUCAAUGUAACAGAAGCUGCAAGAAAAAUGAACGAAUUCCAAAUCCCUCUCUCCACGCGCUAUAUGGCUGAAUGGAAAAGAAAUGUAGCAGAAAUUGUGGAUAUCUAUCUAGCUUUAUCAACACUACCAAGAGAUGCUUUUUCAUAUAAAGGGAGUGUCCCAUCGCUUAAAUCUUUGGAACAUAUUGACUUUUCCUCGAUUAGAUACAAGGAGCAGUACAAACCAUCGAGUAUUACUAAAGACACAUGUAAAUCUUUACGUGAUAAAUUCAAACUCUCGAACAUCUUAAGUAGUUAAGAACAACACUUGUUUGGAAUUUGCUUUAAAUCGUGAAUUUAAACAUUUUUAUACAGACUGUAUACACAUAAAAUAAUCGCAUCAGGUACUCAAAUCAUAAAACAUUAACGUCUUAUGAUGAAGUGACUAUAUCAUGAUGCGUUGGUCUGUUUGUUUGAUUGUAACUAUAAACGAAGUGUUUCUCCCGACUCUUGAUAUGUAAGAAACACGUGUCUUAUACAUAGCAUUUAUAUGGGGCACGUCUCUCUCUUACCCUAUACAGGUGUAUACACACAUUUGCCGUUGUAAGAUAUACUUUGCUUUUACCCUGUACAGGUGUAUACACACACUUGCCGUUGUAAAAUAUACUUUGCUCUUACCCUGGACAUGUAUAUCCACACUUGCCGUUGUAAGAUAUACUUUGCUCUUACCCUGUACAGGUGUAUACACACACUUGCCAUUGUAAGAUAUACUUUGCUCUUACCCUGUACAGGUGUAUACACACACUUGCCAUUGUAAGAUAUACUUUGCUCUUACCCUGUACAGGUGUAUACACACACUUGCCGUUGUAAGAUAUACUUUGCUCUU